AUGCAGCACCUUCUUCGCGAGAAGGAAGUCGCAAAAGGUAGCCUACAGCAGUGGAGGAAAAGAAACGGAAAUAGAUCAUGUCUAGUAAGAAUAUCGUCCCUUGAGACUGUAAAGGACAUCAAGGUACUGCCCGAAGAAGAUCUGGCUUCACAGCACAGACCUCUUCUAGCAGACAUAGCCAUCAAUCUUCCUAAGAAAUCAAGGACAAGAACGGAACGGAGGAUCCAGUUUUGGAAAAUGCGCCAGUUCAAAAGAGAACGCCCUGAAGAGAAGGUAGUAGAAGGUGGACUUCCAAAUCCCGAAGGGUAUCCAGCAGACUUGGAGCAACGCUGUGAAGGUCAUCCUGCGAUGUGCAAAGGAAACGCUGGGGGAAACUCGAGGUGGUUUCCGAGGGGACAAGGAGGCAUGGUUUUGGAGUGA